AUGAGAGCAACCAACUUUGAGAUUAUCCCCUUUGAAGAUGACGAGUGGGAGCAAGACACUUCCGGUAACGACAGUCAACAUGAUUUCCAGGAAUCACUUUCAUCGUCGGGGUAUCCCCCCUUUACAUACUGGGAUGUACUGAGACAGGAGAGCUCUGAUGUUCCCUUUGAAACUCGGCCAGGAUCCAGCGUCGUCAAGAUCCCAACUUCAUCCGUCAAACCACGAAUACCCAAUGCCAGAUCACACCUCAGGUUGGCCCACUUGGCCUCCAUCCUGGCCAUUUCUCAUCCAUGGUUUGGUAUUGACCGUGUUUUCCACAAUGCUCAAGCAGCUGGAGUGUUGGCCUUGAAGCAUUUGAACGAACGAAGCCCUUCUGUCAUGCCGGAUCUACCCGAGAGAAUGGAUGCUUGUCCGGAUCUGUUCUUCACCAUGGACAUGUACGAUACCCAAUUCAGCCCAAUCCACGCGGCGCGACAAUUUGCCAAUGACAUUGUGGGGCCAACUCAUUCCUUGGCAACUCCCCAUCCAACCGCAAUUGCUGGAGCUACCCUGUCAGAGGUGUCCAAGACAUUGGCCAUUCUGGGAGGGGUGAACGAAAUACCUCAAAUCUCACACAUCUCGGCUGCCGAGUCGCUGGAUAACACAGAAACGUAUCCAUACUUUUGUAGAAGUUCCGCUUCCAACUCGGGUAUGGCUCAGGGGUUGGCUGUUUUCAUGCACAGUUUGAGCGAAACGUCAAGACACGUGGCAAUCUUGUAUGCCAGAGAUGAGCUUGGUCGAUCCCAUCACAACAACUUUUCAGACAUGGCAAGAAGACUCGGGAUAUCUGUCUUUAGUGCACCCUAUGAACUUCAUGAUCCCAAGAGCCUCGAUGAUGCCAUCAACAAGGUGAUCAAUUCUGGGUACAAAUACGUAUCAUUGGCUCCUGCUCAAAGUACUUUCAACGUGGUGGCACAAAGGGCAUUUGAACUUGGGUUGGGUGGUCAAGACUAUGUGUUCUUCCUUUCAGAGUCCUGUGUAGAUGUGAUCAGUGCGGGAUAUACACUGAAUGCCACCACCGAGUAUGGGGCAGCCUCCAUUCUGAAUGGCACUGGGAUUGUGUUGCUCCAUGCUCCGGGGAAGGAGGAAUAUGUGGAAUCAAUGCAAAAGGAAUUCCUCGAUGAUCCAGCUACGAUGGCAUACUACACCCGCAAGCAUCCUGCCAAAGACCUUUUCACAGCCGUGGGGUUUGACUUUGAUCCUGCACUUGAUGCCCAGGUGUCCAACUUUGCUGGAGCUCUGCAGAACUCGCAAUACGAUGCCGUCAUUGCCGCGGGCCUUGCAGCUUGCCAGUCCGAGACUGACUUCUUCACUGGACCAGAAGUCUACGAAAACAUCAAGAAUCUGGACUUUAGUGGUUCUUCCCAAAUUCCAACUCAUUUCAUGAAUGACACCUGCUCCAGAGACAUGCAGUACUUUGGCUACGUCGUGCUGAAUCUACUCGCCAAAGAACCCAAAGAUGGCCUCAUCCGCUUUGAGACUCGAGGGGCAGCCAUGGUGGAUGCCAACGAGAACGUGAUUACACUCCAGAACUACACUUUCCGAGAUGGGACAUCUAUCGCACCCCCAAGCAUCCCUGACCAGGAAAUUGACAUGAACAAAAUUCCUCUGCAUUUCCAGCUCCUGGCAUGGACCGUGGCCUUCAUUGUGAUGCUCUUGGCCACAGCUCUGGGCGUGUGGACGAUUGUGAAACGAAAUACUGCCUCUGUUCGCGUCCGACAACCGAUGUUCCUUUCGAUGUGCUGCGUGGGGACUUGCCUGCUGGCUAGCUCCAUCAUACCUAUGGGAUUACAAGAACCCACAGAGAACCUUGGUGCAGCUUGCAUGUCCUCGCUGUGGCUGUCCUCGGUUGGCUUUGUCGUGGGCUUCUCCGCAUUGUUUUCAAAGACUUGGAGAGUGAAUCGACUCUUCAACAACGCACAACGAUUCCGCCGGCAUACUAUAGAUGUUCUCGUCCCAUUCCUGGUUCUCUCAUCCAUCAAUGUGAUAAUACUCGUGGCAAUGACAAUUGUGGCUCCACUUCAAUGGACCAGACAGUUCACUGACAGCCUGGAUCCGUAUGGACGUCCCCUGGAGUCCUAUGGAUCUUGCACUGCCUCCAAUGACAACACCAAGUGGUUCCUUCUUCCCCUCCUUGCAAUCAACUUCUUCGCCGUUCUUUUGUCCAACAUUCAAAUCUUCCUUUCUCGAAACCUCCCACGAAAUCUGAACGAGUCGAAGGAAGUUGCGUUUUCCAUGCUCAUGCUCCUGGAAGCAUGCUUGGUUGGGAUACCAGUCCUCAUCGUGGUUAACGAAUCACCUACGGCACGAUUCCUCCUUCCAACUAAAGUGAGACAGCAACGAAGCGUCUCGGUUGUUGUUUCAACGAAUUCAUUGAACCUUCGAUCUUCGUUUAACUCUGUGAGGCGGUCAAACACGUUGAAUCUUCGUUUUUCGAUUAGCUCUCUGAGGUGGACGUCAUUCCGAGCAAGCAGAUCAUCCAUGGGGGCGAGUGCGACAUCAAACGGAGGGAUUGAUAGAGUGCGGAAGCAACUGAUACUCGAACACGCUGAAGAUCAAACCGGAGGGCCAACCGAGUUGCAUCCUGACGAUGACGGAUCUGAGUUUGCCGUUUGA